GCCACUAGGAAAAAUCAAGUCUUGAAAACGGUGCAGUUUUUUUAAAGUUGGUUGGCUCUGUUCUACCAAAACUGUCCUUGAUUUCCACAACCCACCAGCCCCCUACCUUCUCCUCCUCCUCCACCUAGAAUGUUAGAGCUCUAAGUUAGUACUACUAGUAUAUUACCGGAAGUUUCCAACUUUGAUAUAUUUUAGACAUUUACUAGAAAAAAAAAUGUCACACAAACAAACAAAUUAGUUGGUUAGCGCAUUGGAAAAAAGGCCAAUGCUUUUUAUCUGGUCCUGAUUUGGGAUUUUCUCUUCCUUUACAUUCUUCAAUCUUUUGCUCAGAGAAAGAGAGAAUUCAUCGGUUUUUGUCGAGCUGUGUGCAUUAGAAACUGAACUGGGGCACGUAGCUUGUGGCAAUAGGGCUGAUUGAAAUCGAAGUGAAGGACUUGAACUUCGUGGUCCAAAGUUGAGGUUUUAGCAUAGUUCAGUUGAGAUUUGAAGUGGGUUUUUUAGGUAAACCAGAUUUUGAAUUGGGUAUAGCUUGAUUUCGGUGGUUUGUGGAAGUGGCUGAUUGGAAUUCAAGUUAAAGUCUUGAACUUUAUAAUCUAUUCUUGAGUUUCCUUCAGCUAAGUCAGCCGUGAGAUUUGAAUUGGGUUAUUUCAAAUCUUACAUCGAAUUUGAUUAUGCAAGAAUAGCAUAAUGUCUGGGAAGAGCAGAGGAGGAGCAGAGUCGAGUUAUAAAAGUGUUGUCUCUCGAAGACUAACAGUUUGGCUAUGUAUUGGAUGCUUCUGUGCCGGGAUGCUCUUCACCGACAGAAUGUGGACGGUCCCAGAAGCUAAAGGUAUAUCAAGGACAUCAUCAGUUGAAGACGAAAAACUAAAGCUAGUUGCGGAGGACUGUAAAAAUAAUAUGAAAAGUAAGUCCAACGAUAUUCCGGGAGAAGUGUCAAAGACGCAUCAUGGCAUACAAACACUUGAUAAAACAAUUUCAAGUUUGGAGAUGGAAUUAGCUGCUGCAAGGGCUUUGCAAGAUUCCCUACUUACUGGUUCACCAGUGUCUGGGGACUUGAAGAUUCCAGAAUUGAUCAAGAGAAGGAAAUAUCUCAUGGUUGUAGGCAUUAACACAGCUUUUAGCAGCAGGAAAAGAAGAGACUCUGUUCGUGCUACCUGGAUGCCGCAAGGUGACAGACGCAAGAAGCUUGAAGAAGAAAAGGGCAUUAUAAUCCGCUUUGUAAUAGGUCACAGUGCUACAUCAGGUGGUAUUCUUGAUAGAGCUAUUGAAGCAGAAGAAAAAAAACACGGGGACAUCUUGAGGCUGGAACAUGUUGAGGGAUACCUUGAAUUGUCAGCAAAGACCAAGUCAUACUUCACUACUGCUGUUGCCCUGUGGGAUGCAGAUUUCUAUGUGAAAGUUGAUGAUGAUGUUCAUGUGAAUAUAGGAACCCUGGGAGCAACUCUAUCCAGACAUCUCUCCAAACCCAGGGUUUACAUAGGGUGCAUGAAGUCCGGGCCCGUUCUUGCUCAAAAGGGAGUGAGAUAUCACGAACCUGAGCAUUGGAAGUUUGGAGAGGAUGGAAACAAGUACUUCCGUCAUGCUACCGGUCAGCUAUAUGCUAUUUCAAAAGAUUUGGCUACUUAUAUCUCAAUAAACCAGCACGUGCUUCACAAAUAUGCCAAUGAGGACGUCUCGCUAGGUUCUUGGUUCAUUGGUUUGGACGUGGAGCACAUAGAUGAUCGGCGAUUAUGUUGUGGAACUCCACCUGAUUGUGAGUGGAAGGCUCAGGCAGGCAACAUCUGUGUUGCUUCCUUCGAUUGGCGGUGCAGUGGGAUUUGCAAUUCUGUAGAGAGGAUUAAGGAGGUGCACCGGAGAUGUGGAGAAGGUGAGAAUGCUUUAUGGAAUGCAGUCUUUUGACAUGGAGCAUAUCAUCCAAACUCUGGAGGAUGCAAAUUGAUCAUUGAGAAUUUUGUGUUGUAGAUAUUGCCCUUUAGGUAAUUGUAUGUUAUAUCGAUAUGUAAAGCAUGAGAGAUUUUUUUUUUUUUUUUACCAUUAUUUUUUUUCCUUUCUUCCUUUUUCUUUUUCUUCUGGGAAUUGGGGUUAAACUUGGCCUCAACCCAUUUGAUGGGAGAUCAACUCCUUUUUUUGUUCAGGAGUAAGAUCAUUUAGUUGCCAAGAGACAACUUAAUUGUAGGCAACCAUUCUUUGGUGUCAAAAGAUGCACAAGUUCAGAUUGCAGCUCUUAAGACUGCCGAAACUCAAUAAACGUCUACGAUAAGCGAUCA